AUGAAGUUGAUUGUGGCGUACAUUACCACAAUAUUCUCUCUGUUGGCAUUUCGGGCACAAUCUUUUAGUAUAGAAAUGGUUAUGAACAGGUGCGUGCUCGGACCGGGUCACGGCUGCACACCCAAGAUGACCAUUGUGACAAAGGGCGAUGCGCAGCCGAUUAUUGAAGUCAUGAAGCUCAACGAUGGCAACGUGCCCUCUGUUGAACAAUCGCAUGCACACUACAACACAGACUCGGAGGCUGAUAACGACGGAUAUGUCUCGUCGGAUGUGCCAUCACCAACUGGCUUCCCUAUGGUGUGCGAAAGAUGCUACAAAGAUAUAAGCCCGAGAAGAUCCUCGAGCAGUUUUGAAACCGAGAAAAAUAAUGCGCUUGGCAACGACAGCUCGGAAGGCGACAAUGAUUCUGUCAAAGAAAAUGCCAAUGAUGAUGACCAGGAUGAGGAAGAAUUCGUAGACGAUGAUGAUUCGACGGACGCCUUAGAUCCUGAUGAGUACGCCAUGCGGGGUUAUGAAGACAGUGUAGGAAACGGACAAACCUCUUACCUCGAGAUGGAAAGGUGUCUGCAGUACCAGAGAAUGGGAUGUCCGUACACUCUUCGUUCUCAGCGUUCGACGUACAACCCUCAGUACUACACCGCGUUCUCACCCAGAUAUGCGCGAACAGACGACGGUGCACAACUAGAUUCUAGUUCUGAUGACAACCGUGCCAGUGGUGAUGAGACAGAAAGUACGUGCCCCUUUGCAAACCGUAGCCAGCAGCCCCUAUACUACUCCUAUAGCCAACCGCAAUACCGAGUCAACUACAAACCGACCUGCAGGCGUUACAUUCGUUACUUCAGCCCCUGCAGGCCAAGGCCUUGCCGCCAGACCGGGUACCAACCAUCAAGGUAUGGAAAUAGUUUCAAUAAUGAAAUCAAUUAUGCAUUAGAGGUCGUCAGACCUAUUGAAAGAAGCGAGGAUUACGAAUCCGAAUCAAAAGGUUCUACCUUUCAAGUGAAUCAUAACGACUCUAAUGAGGGUGAUGAAAACGGCAACUUCCAUACACGUGAUUUAAUAAACGACUCCGAAAAUGGUCGUGAUGCCUCAACAACCGUCCGCGUAACAAAUGGCAUGUUUAAUGUAGACGUCGGUAAGUCAGCCGACAGCGUUAUGAAACAUUAUAGAGAUUUACAGACCGAAAGAGCCGCAACCAACGCGGGGGUCAAGGAUACAGGAAAUACCGAAAAAACAGAUGACAUUUACAACAUGAGUUUCAUAGAAACUGCAAGACAGAUCUCAUAUGCGAAUAACUACGCAUCCGUCGCCCCGCAUCUUCGAAACCAACCAUCAGGUGGCAUGAUGUCAAACGGGCAAAAAGAUCCGACUUUUUAUGAACUUGGAUCUAAUAAUAAUAUGACACCGACGAAUGGUAUUACAUAUAAGAAACGCAAUCGCGACAAAUCGGUUGCUCGUUUACGUGAAGAUGAUGACUAUGCUGUAGAUUUUGACAAUUUUAUGGCGGAAGGGCUAGAGAAUAACGGCGCUAAUGAGAACGAAGCGAAUGGUGAUCCUGAAUUAGUAGGUGAAGAUUAUGACGAUAAUGAAGAUGAUAAUAAAGCCCAACUGAAAGAACAAAAUGACGAACGUGACGAUGAUUAUCUAGAACAAAUUGAUCAACGUGAAAAUGACGAACAUGAAAAUAACAAACAUGAAAAUGAUAAACAUGAAAAUGACAAACGUGACAACGAUUAUCUAGAUGAAAUUCUUGAACCUAAACGUGAGGGUAUAGAUGAAAUUCUUGAACCUAAACGUGAGGGUAUAGAUGAAAUUCUUGAACCUAAACGUGAGGGUAUAGAUGAAAUUCUUGAACCUAAACGUGAGGGUAUAGAUGAAAUUCUUGAACCUAAACGUGAGGGUAUAGAUGAAAUUCUUGAACCUAAACGUGAGGGUAUAGAUGAAAUUCUUGAACCUAAACGUGAGGGUAUAGAUGAAAUUCUUGAACCUAAACGUGAGGGUAUAGAUGAAAUUCUUGAACCUAAACGUGAGGGUAUAGAUGAAAUUCUUGAACCUAAACGUGAGGGUAUAGAUGAAAUUCUUGAACCUAAACGUGAGGGUAUAGAUGAAAUUCUUGAACCUAAACGUGAGGGUAUAGAUGAAAUUCUUGAACCUAAACGUGAGGGUAUAGAUGAAAUUCUUGAACCUAAACGUGAGGGUAUAGAUGAAAUUCUUGAACCUAAACGUGAGGGUAUAGAUGAAAUUCUUGAACCUAAACGUGAGGGUAUAGAUGAAAUUCUUGAGCAUGAAAAUGAAGGUAUAGAUGAAAUUCUUGAGCCUAAAAAUGAAGGUAUAGAUGACAUUCUUGAACCUAAACGUGAGGGUAUAGAUGACAUUCUUGAACCUAAACGUGAGGAUAUAGAUGAUAAUGGCAAUGAUGAUGAAGCUGACGCUGAAACUGCAAAUGACAAUGCAGAAAAAGAGGAUGGCGAAAUGGAGAACGACGUGUCCAAUGCAACUGCUGAAAGCAGUAGUCCUACCGAUGAUGCGUUUCCAGAAGAUUCUGAUGACGAAAGUGAUGACGUCACAGAUGUGGCGGAUUACAUACGUGAACAAAAUGUGGAUGUCUUACGAACUCCUCCUGGAUUGGAGUAUUUAGGUUCAGGUUAUGACAUGGUGAAAGGCAAUCCACUGGGUGACACCAUAACCUUGUUGGACCCAGGCUACCGGGCCAAUAUAAUCCAAAUGCACUGGCGUAAAGAUUUUGAAGGUGUUAGCAACAGUUUACUAUAUAUGCAACCAAAAGGUGCCUGGGUGAGGUCUUACGUGUCAUGUCAUAAGAGCGACACGGUCUCCGAGGUGGGAAAAUCAAAGUCAUUGAAGAACGCCCUAUCUGUUGACGCUUCCGUGUCUGCUGAAGUUCCGGGUGAUUCUCUAAAGUUUGCAGCUUCUGCAAGCUACAACAAUGUGAAGAAUUCAGAAAGUCAGAAAGGACUAAAGAAAUAUGUUAGCAGGUCCUACUGUUUAAAUUAUGUCGCUGGUAUUCCCAGCUCUAUUCCUUGGGAUUACACCACCGCCUUCACAAUCGCUCUGAAACAGUUACCUACGAAAUUUGAACAUGAAAGAGACGGAGUCAUAUGCUCGCCUAGUAUUUAUCGCGAUAACCCUACAAGCAAGGCUUGCUUGGAUCUUGGUGUGCGCCCCUGGAUGCGAUUUUUCACUAUUUUUGGCACCCAUGUUACUACUAAGAUAUAUCUAGGCGGUAAAAUGGUCACUCUCAUCGAAACUAAGGCCAGCCAGGAAGCGAAACUUAAAAAACUGGGUAUUGAUGUGAAGGCCGAAAUCAGUGUUCAAGCGCAAGUGGCCACAGCCAACGGCGCCGUGGGUGUCGGCGUUUCGAAACUAAAGGAUAGUAAAAAUGAAUCCCUAGAUUCGAAAAAGUCAACAUUGGCUCUAGGUGGUGACAUCUACGGUAAAGGCAAAAACCUUUCUUUCAAUGACUGGGCUGAGACAGUGUCUAGCUUCUCCAUGCCCGUCAAAGCCGAGUAUACUCCAAUCGCCAACUUUCUCGGCAAGAAUUUCGUGGAUGCAUACAACGACGCUUACGUGUUUUACGGCAAGGUCCUAGUCGGCGAAAAUGUCUAG